UUCCCGCGAAACUGACACCGAAAGGGGUUAAAGGCUUAGGUUUUCCCACCAAGGGCGAAAUUAAAUCAUCUCAGAAAUUCGUCGGUAUAUUGUGUGUAAUUCUCUAUUAGACGCAAGGAAAGAAUGGCGAUUGCGGCUUUAGGGCAGUUGAAUCUCGAGGAGCCCCCUCCGAUUUGGGGUUCUCGUAGUCUCGAUUGCUACGAGAAGCUAGAACAGUGUGGCGAAGGAACUUACGGUCUAGUUUACAUGGCUAAAGAUAUCAAAACUGGUGAAAUCGUGGCUCUUAAAAAGAUCCGUAUGGACAAUGAAAGAGAAGGGUUUCCCAUAACAGCGAUCCGGGAGAUCAGAAUUCUGAAGAAGCUGCAUCAUGAAAACGUCAUCCAAUUGAAAGAGAUUGUAACUUCUCCUGAUAAUAACAAAGACGAGGGUGGAAUCUACAUGGUCUUUGAGUACAUGGAUCAUGACUUGACUGGACUUGCUGAUCGUUCUAAACUGAGAUUUACAGUUCCUCAGAUCAAGUGUUACAUGAAGCAACUGCUCACUGGGCUUCACUAUUGUCAUGUGAAUCAAGUGCUUCACCGUGAUAUUAAAGGUUCCAAUCUCCUUAUUGACAAUGAGGGAAAAUUAAAGCUUGCUGAUUUUGGGCUUGCACGGUCAUUUUCUCAUGAUCAUUCUGGAAAUCUUACAAACCGUGUCAUCACAUUGUGGUAUAGGCCCCCUGAAUUGCUACUCGGUGCCACAAAAUAUGGACCAGCGGUUGACAUGUGGUCGGUUGGUUGCUUAUUUGCUGAACUUUUGAAUGGGAAACCAAUCUUGCCUGGCAAAACUGAGAGUGAACAAUUGACCAAAAUUUAUGAACUUUGUGGAUCACCUGAUGAAAACAACUGGCCUGGGGUUUCGAAGAUGCCUUGGUACAACCCAAUGAAAUCAUCUCGGCCCUUGAAGAGACGUGUGAGGGAGACCUUCUGGAGCUUUGAUCGCCAUGCCCUGGAACUACUGGAAAAGAUGUUGGUGCUUGACCCGUCUGAGGUACCAAAAUUAUCUGAAAUAUUACCAAAACUGCAGAAAUUAAAGAGCCUUAGUUCAUUUUUGUUGGUGCAGAGAAUAUCUGCAAAGGAUGCUCUUGAUGCAGAGUACUUUUGGACUGAUCCGUUGCCGUGCGAUCCAAAGAGUCUACCCAAAUAUGAAUCAUCACAUGAGUUCCAGACAAAGAGAAAGCGGCAAGAGAUGCGUCAUAAUGAGGAAGCAGCCAAAAAACGGAAACUGCAGCAUCCGCAGCAGCAACAAUCUCGGUUGCCUCCACAGCAACACUCUCGGUUGCCUCCACAGCAACACUGGCCUGCCGGACCAAACCUCCCUAUUAACAACGCACCACCACCUCAACUACCUGCUGCUGGACCUAGUGGCCACCACUACUAUCAAAAACCCCGUGGUGAUGCACCUGAUCCAAACCGGUACCAUCAUAGCGGAAACCAGACUGGAGGUUAUAAUAAUCAGAGCCGUGGAGGUUACAGCAACGGAUCAUUUCCUCCACAAGGUCGAGGUGCACCAUAUGGUGCCGAUCCUAGAGGACCUAGCAGUCGGUAUGGUGUUGGACCGCCUAACUACUCACAUGAUGGUGGUCAGUAUGGUGGCUCUGGAAGAGGACAGAACCCAAUGGGUGGUGCUAGAAACCAACAAUAUGGAUGGCAGUAGUAAAUAGAGAGCUCAAAGACUGUCUUGUCAUAUGGUCUGGUCCCUGUCUCAAAGGCUAUUUUGAUACCAGUUAUUAAAACUUUUUUUCGAGAAAUAGAAUCAAUUUUUUCAUUUGUUUUCCCUAACAUGUAUAAAAACUGAAGCUAUGCUACUUUCUUAGACCUGAUUCAUCACUCUGCUCAUAA